AUGGCUGAUUACGGGAAGUUGGACCCGUUUUCCUUCGCAGGUUCCAAGGAUGUCGACCAUCCGCUGAGCGUUCGAAUAAUGAAUCUAGAGGGAGAUGAGCCACCUAUAAGAAUGUCUACGCUCUUCGAGCGUCCAGAUCUCCGUCAUGUUGGAUCAAAUACAAGCCCGCAUUCCGACCUCUUUGUCACAGUCCAGGUCUGGGCUGGGUCGAAGCCGCUAUCGGUUCCUAUUCAAACAGCAUAUAAGUCGUUCAGGGCAGAAAGAAAGUGGAACGAAUGGCUCGAGCUCCCCCUCACAUACAAAAACUUGCCUGCCGACUCUUGUCUCGCGAUUACUAUAUGGGAUCUUUCUCCCAGCGGUGGAAAGGACGCAUCCGGCCAUGCCAUACCGUUUGGAGGGACCACAUUAGCCCUGUUCGACCAAGACAACCACGCGCAGAAGGGAAGACAGAAAUGUGUGGUGUAUCGUCACAAAAAGGCUGACGGCAUGGUUAAAACCACGACCCCUGCUCAAAUCUCAACUAAAAAGCGAGGAAAUAAGAGUUGGGAGACUCAGCUGGAUAAAGAAGCUGAGGAGCUCGAUCGGAUGGAGAAGCUUUUCAAGAAACAUGAAAUGGGCGAGCUGCCUAGGGUGGACUGGCUUGAUCAGAUUGUUUUCCGAAACUUUGAGAAACAAGGUCUUCAGGCUGCAAAGUCCUCGAUGAAGAUGCGCGAGAGGCGGCGCGCUCUGGAUGCUACGCAACAGGGCACUGCCGACGAGAAGCCAGACGAGGAGGACCAUGGGCGCGCAGGACCUUCAAUGUUCUUCUUGAACGUAGAGCUUCCCCGGUUCGACUUUCCUGUGGUCUUUGCAGAUCACGAAUACGACCCACCGCCAGUAUCCUCGUUUCGGUCGCUUUCUGCCUCGCAGGCCAAUCUAGCCCAACGGCCUCAGGUACAUUUCGGCCCUGGAAUCAACGGACUAGAAGAUGGCUCAGAAGGCCUAGGUGGCCAGCUGAUCAAAGUUUGGGACCCUGAGGCUGGUCAGAAAGACAACCCUGCUGAAGCGAAGCACAGACGACUCUUCCGCAGUUCGCAUAGACAUGGCAUCCUUGACAAAGAUUUGAAACCAAAUGCCAAAGUUCGAGACGAGUUGAACCACAUUAUGGCUUACUCGCCAACACAUGUUCUAUCUCCUGAAGAGGCUGAUCUUGUGUGGAAAUUCCGCUACCAUUUGACGAGGGACAAGCGUGCAUUAACGAAAUUCGUCAAGUCGGUGAAUUGGGCUGAUCAGAGCGAAUCUAAACAAGCUAUCCAGGUUCUCGGUCGCUGGACUGCAAUCGAUGUUGAUGAUGCACUCGAGCUACUUGGACCUUCGUUCGAUAACCCUGGGGUCCGCUCGUAUGCUGUCGACCGCCUACGAAAGGCGGACGACCAAGAAUUGCUCCUAUACCUUCUUCAGCUCGUACAAGCUCUCAAAUACGAGCAUAUCUCCGCAGAAUCAGCACAAGACAGCACCCAAGACUCAUCCCUCGCCGGAUUUCUGAUUCAGCGAGCAGCUUCCAACUUCAUGUUGGGAAACUACUUCCAUUGGUAUCUAAUGGUUGAAUGUGACGACGCCAGCCCUUUACAAGGGUCAGACAACAGGAAUAUUUACCGCAAGGUAGCCUAUGAGUUCAUGGUGGAGCUCGUCGCCAAGCCAGAUGGAGUUGAGCAACGCAAGAUUCUCCUGAGACAAGCGGAAGUCAUAACAAUACUUUCAAAAAUAGCAGGCGAUGUAAAAGCAUCGUCCGAAUCCAUUGCCAAGAAAACGGACCGAGUAAAGCACUUUCUUGGGGAUCCAAAAAACGAGCUUGUCACAAUUGACCCGCCGUUGCCCAUGCCGCUGGACCCGUCUAUCAAAAUCACAGGUAUCAUCCCAGACCAGGUCACGGUGUUCAAAUCGUCACUGAACCCCAUCAAAUGCUCGUUUAAGACAACGACUGGAACUCCAUAUCCUAUCAUUUUCAAACUUGGUGAUGACUUGCGACAGGAUCAACUUGUCAUCCAAAUUAUUACGCUCAUGGACCAGCUCCUCCAGAAGGAAAACUUGGAUCUGAAAUUAUCCCCUUACAAGAUUCUGGCAACAAGCACAUCUGCAGGUGCUUCCCAGUUUGUGCAAUCGCAGAGUUUGUCUAGCAUCGUGGCUCGUUUCAAGACCAAUCCUGCCUUGGCCUUUCUCAGACACCAUAACCCAGAUGAUAGACAACCACUAGGCGUCAGGCAAGAAACGCUCGAUACUUAUAUUAGAUCAUGCGCAGGAUACUGUGUCAUCACAUACAUUCUAGGAGUAGGUGAUCGCCACCUAGACAACCUCCUUCUUGCUCCGGAUGGGCAUUUUUUCCAUGCAGAUUUUGGCUAUAUUCUGGGUCGCGACCCCAAGCCAUUCGCUCCAGUAAUGAAGCUGUCGAAAGAGAUGGUUGAUUGCAUGGGUGGCGUUCAGUCGGAUGAGUAUCAGCAGUUUAAACAGUACUGCUUUUUGGCGUAUACGGCGCUACGCAAAUCCUCUAACCUUAUUCUGAAUCUGUUCAGCCUGAUGGUUGAUGCCAACAUCCCAGAUAUCAGGCUCGAACCUGACAAGGCAGUCCUUAAAGUGAGAGAGCGCUUUCAUCUUGAGAUGACCGAGGAGGAGGCCAUAUUGUAUUUUGGCAGGGUUAUUGAGGAUACAUUGACUGCUUUUGCCCCGGUGGUCAUUGAUAAGUUGCACGAAUGGGCGCAGGCAUUUAGAGCUUAA